CCCAGGGGGGGCAAGAUGGCCUGCCAGUCCAGCGUCACUUUCAGCAGCUUCAGCAGCAGUGGAGCAGCCCCAGUGUGGGGCACUGGACCAGGAUCCUUGGGAUGGAAUGGCUGUGGCGGGGCCAACCCCAACCCCAGCUUCAGCUCGAGAAGUCUCAGCAGCUGUGGGUCAAGAGGCACCUUCCAAAAGGUGACCGUGAACUCCAGUCUCCUAGUGCCCUUGGACAUCAAGUUGGACCCCACCAUCCAGCAACAGAAGAAUCAGGAGAAGGAGGAACUGAAGACACUCAAUGACAAGUUUGCCUCUUUGAUUGGGAAGGUGCAGUCCCUGGAGCAACGGAACCAGUUGCUGCAAACCCGAUGGUGCUUCCUGCAGGAGCAAGAGUCCACCUCAGUCGACUUCAGCCACAUGUAUGAGGAAUACCUGAACCGCCUGCAGCAGGAGCUGAAGACAGUGAGCCAGGAGCGAGGUCAGCUUGAAGCCAACCUGAUGCAGAUGCUGGAGAAGGUGGAAGAAUACAAGAUCAAAUAUGAAGAAGAGAUCACCAAGCGGACAGACAUGGAGUUCACUUUUGUCCAGUUGAAGAAGGAUCUGGAUGCUGAGUGUCUUCGAAGGACAGAGCUGGAGGCAAAACUACAAGGACUCCAGAGCUUUGUGGAGUUGAUGAAAACUGUUUAUGAGCAGGAACUCCAGGACCUGAUGACCCAGGUGAAGGACAUAUCAGUGACCGUAGGAAUGGACAGUCGCUGCCACAUCGACCUCAGUGGCAUUGUGGAGGAGGUGAAGGCCCAAUAUGAUGCCAUUGCUGCCAGAAGUCUGGAGGAGGCUGAGGCAUAUUCCAGGAGCAGACUGGAGGAGAGGGCGGCUCGAUCUGCCGAGUUUGGGAACAGCCUUCAAAACAGCCGGAGUGAGAUCGCCGACUUGAACAUCCAGAUCCAGAAGCUCAGGUCCCAGAUCCUCUCUCUCAAGAGCCACUGUCUGCAUUUGGAAGAAAACAUCAAAGCAGCAGAGGAACAGGGGGACUUGGCCUUCCGGGAUGCCCGGGCCAAGCUGAGCCAGCUGGAGGAGGCCCUGCAGAAAGCCAAGAAGGACAUGGCCAUCCAGCUGCGAGAUUAUCAGGAGCUGAUGAACGUCAAGCUAGCCCUGGACAUUGAGAUCGCCACCUACAGGAAGCUGGUGGAAGGAGAAGAGUGCAGGAUGGAUUCUCCUUCCUCUGCAGUUGUCAGUGCUUUCCAGUCCAGAUCCAGACCUGUUGCCUCCAAAUCAGGCUUCUCAAAAUCCCCCUCCCAAAGGAGGAAGAACAGAGGUCCAGUGAUCAAGAUCACAGAGAUGUCGGAGAGGCUCAUCUCUCAGGAAUCUGAGGCCACUCAGUAA